GACCUGUUCCUCAUUCCAGAGAGAGAGGAGGAGAAUGGGGAGCAGAGAAGCAGACUAUUAAUUUUCCUCUUGUUUGUGUUUCUGAUCUAACACAACUCUGGAGAGAAAUGGAGUCUUCUGCUGAAUCUCAAGAACAACAACAACCCCAAUUAACAGUUAUAAUCACACUUCCUCCAAUAAAUAACCCAUCUAAAGGAAAAACAAUUACCUCAAUUCUUACUCAUCCCUUUUCUACAACUCUUGAACAACAAUCUCAACAAGAUGAAAACCAACUUCCUAUACAACAAUCUCUACCUAUACCACAGCCUGAACAUCGUUUCAAUUCCUUUACUAGAUUCUUUCUUACUAACUCAAAUAGAGUACUGGGUCUGCUUGGUUUGUCUCUUUUAGGGCUUCUUCUGUGUAAUACUUAUUCUUCUUUAACAACAGUUUAUGAAUUAAAAAGUCCGGAAGACAAGAAUGAUAACAAAACUAGAGAGUUUCAAUCUUUUGUUUUCCCAUUAUUUCAUAAGUACACCAAUUCUGGUAGUAUUCCAAGAGAUGUGGAAUUUAAAUUGGGGAAAUUUGUAAAUAGAGAAACUGUUAUGUCUGCGAUUGGUGAUGGUAUUCAACAGCAGAAGAAGAUUUCUACUUCUUCAUUAGUAGAAUCAUCCGCCAUUUUGCCUGUCAAAGGAAAUGUAUAUCCACAUGGGUUGUAUUAUACAUUGCUGCAUGUUGGGAAUCCUGGAAACACUUAUUAUCUUGAUAUGGAUACUGGGAGUGAUUUGACAUGGAUUCAAUGUGAUGCUCCAUGCAAAAGAUGUGCCAAGGGACCAAAUCCUCUGUACAAGCCUGCCAAAGGGAACAUACUGCCACCCAAGGAUAAGUUGUGCGCUCAUGUGCAAAGUAAUCACAAUCGUGAAUCUUGUGAGUCUUGCCAGCAUUGUAGUUACGAGAUAGAAUAUGCAGAUCUUAGCUCCUCCGUUGGAAUUCUUGCUAGGGACAGUCUACACCUUACAGUUGCAAAUGGAACACUGGUGAAACCUAAUUUUGUUUUAGGGUGUGCAUAUAAUCAACAAGGGCAACUAUCAGUUUCCCCUGCAAGAACAGAUGGAAUUCUCGGACUAAGUAGGGCUUCAAUUAGCCUUCCUUCUCAACUAGCAAGUCAAGGGGUCAUCCAAAAUGUCGUGGGUCAUUGCAUUGCCAGUGGUGCCGAGAGUGAUGGGUAUAUGUUCCUUGGUGAUGAACCUGUUCCUAGGAGGGGCAUGACAUGGGUCCCCAUGCUAAACAUCCCUUCAAUAGACCUCUUCCAUACAGAGAUUGUGAAAUUAACUUAUGGAGGUCGACAGCUCAGUUUAGACGAAUCUGGUAACAAUGGUGGGAGAGUUGUAUUUGAUAGUGGAAGUUCCUAUACAUAUUUCCCAAAUAAAGCGUAUUCUGGUCUAAUAGCUUCGCUUGAAGAUUCUUUUCAUGAAGAACUUGUCCAAGAUGUUUCAGAUCCUACUUUGCCAUUGUGUUGGCGAGCUAAAUAUCCAAUCAGGUCUCUUGAAGAUGUAAAAGCACUCUUUAAACCCUUGACUUUUCAAUUUGGGAGUAGAUGGUGGAUUAUGUCGUCAAAGAUGAAGAUUCCUCCCGAAGGUUACUUGAUUAUAAGUAGUAAAGGCAAUGUAUGUUUGGGAAUACUUGAUGGGAGUGAAGUUCUUGACGAACCCAUGAUCCUGCUUGGAGAUAUCUCAUUGCAUGGACAAUUGAUCGUAUAUGAUAAUGUUAAUCAUAAAAUUGGAUGGGUUCAAUCAGAUUGUGUAAACCCACAAAGUCCCAAGAGCCUUUCUUUAUCCCAAGAGUAGUUAAGUACAAAGUAAAGACAACAGUACAUCAUCUGUAAUACUAGCCUGAUAAAGAAUUUAUAUUUUGACACGGUCAGUCUGAAAAUUUCAUCAGGUUUCUGGUAGUUUUUAAUACCACUUAGGAUCAACUCGUAUGAUUGACAAGUACCCAUUGCUCAGUUUUGUAUAUAUGCGGGCUGCUACCACGAAUUGCUUUUAUCUUUGAUUGCCAUUUAACUUUAUCCAUCAAUCUAACUCUUCA